GAAUCCAACGGCCGAUUCAACUCCUGUCGCCAGUUACUGUCACACUACAAAGGAUCAAAGAUUUGUUUGUUUGUUUGUCGUUCCAUGUCUUCUGGAAUUUACUCACAUUUUAUCGUCAUUCCAAAAGUGUUAAAUUCGGAGUACGUGUAAAUGUAUCGCGACAUAUUUAUGCUUUUAAACACGUUUUUUGCAUGAUAUUUUAGGUUAUAUGGAAACCUUUCUGCGCAUGCGUGUUGAGCGCGUCCUGUUUUAUUAUUUAAUUUUUUUGCGAGGAUGAAAAUGGCUGCCUUUCUCAUCUAGAGGUCUGCAACAAUUCUGAAAUGAGCAUUAUUUGAGCUGUUGGGAAAGCGCCCUUCUGUCAGGACAGUUCUGCCUUGUGACGGAACGAAAUCUGUUCUGCGGCUAAAGAAGAUGUUGUUGCCAGAGAAGAUAAAUGUACACGGUUACAAAUUAACCCUUUCUUGCCCGACGUCCAACAACAACUGAGAAAAUGAUGCACCAAGUGACCAGCGGCACCAGUGACUAUUGUUUGAGCGGACUGACUGAGGACUGUCAUCCAGCCGGACACUUCGACCUGUGUAGCAUGCCAUCCAACAAAUUCUACCCCAAUGUCACAAACCCAGGGUUGCAACUGUCUCUGGCUGGCCUUGGCCCUUUGCCACAGGCCAUGCACAAAGCCAUGGCCUGCCAAGUACAAGACACCCAGAUCAGUUUCCAGAAUCAAUCUGUAAGAAUCAGGGACAAUGAGGCUACAGGGUCCGACAGCUCUAAAAAGAAAAAGGGCACAGCAAAGUCUGGGAGGAGAGGGAGACCGUCAGGCACCACAAAGUCAGCUGGUUAUCGUACAAGUACUGGACGACCACUUGGAACUACCAAAGCAGCUGGGUUCAAAACCAGCCCAGGGAGGCCUCUUGGUACCACCAAAGCAGCAGGAUACAAGGUCAGUCCUGGUAGACCCCCCGGAAGUAUUAAGAGUCUAGCACGGCUCAAGAAGCUGGAGUUUGGCUGUGACAAUGCCAAGAAAUUUGACUUCAGUAGCUGCAGUGCUCCCAAAGCACUGGACUUCACUGCAUGUAAUGUUCCACCGUUUCCAUACGGCAUGUUGGAGAAGAGAGACUUCUGUGAGUCCAGUAGCAAAGAGGAUGAGACCAGAGAAUAGUCACAUGUUUGUUUUGGGGUUUUUUAUGAUUGGAUGCAAUAGCACCUCCUUUAUACUGUUUUAAAAAUAUAACUUAAAUCUACAAAUGUCUGACUUUUUUUUUACCAUAAACUGAAUAUAAGCAUUCAACAUAGUGUUCCUGUUACAAACUAAAUUGUCAUUGUAAACGUUGUCUUUAGAAAGGGACCCACAUCUCUCUGUUUGAUAUUAUUUUGUUGCCUAUAACUAAGGCUUUAACCAUUAGCUACAUCUGGUGUUGUUGUUGUUAAACAAUGUUGUACAUGUCAUUGUCUAUUUUCUUUCAAACUCCAUCAGUUACAUUGUGCUCUAUUGAACCCAAAACUGGCAAAUGACACCAUUAUCUUGACUACUUAAUUCUUAAUAAGAUCAAAAUUAGGUGAGGAGUGAAUUUCUUGUGAAAUUCUCCCCCUGGUGGUUUGAUUUGAUCUUCUUGGGCUUUACUUAACGGAACAGGGUGCAUCCUUAUCCUACUCGUGGUCCUUUAUGUUCACUCUACAUUGAUUACUGUGUUAUUCUUAAUGCAAACAAAUAUAAAUCACAUAUUUUGUGUUAAUACGUAUUUGUCAGACUGUGGUACAAACUUCCAUGUCCAGCAGAACUUUUAUUACCUUUGACCAUGUCAUUUUUCUAAAUCCUGUAAUUGGAAUAAUUUCUUUUUGCUACUAUACUUUUGUAACAUUUUUAAGUUGUAUUAAAAAGGUCACUUUAGUUCUGUUCAGUUUAAUGCAGUCAUUACCUAUACAUGAACGUGUGAAUAUAUGUAACUGUCCUUUUCUGUGUAAAUGUCCUCAUUUAUCUAUCACUCCCAAAAGAGGAACAUUUUACCAUUUGAUUGUUUGAAAAACAACAAGCUUUUCCGUAUUAUUUAUAUCGGCACUUUGUCUGUUUAGGUUUUGCCUGUUUUGUUCUUGACAAGCACUUCUAGUUUUAGUUGUAGCUAAGCUAUUCAUUUUUGUUUAAUACUAAAUGAAACAAGGGAAAAUGUUUGUGAAAAAUGUGAUGUUUGCUGAUGUGGUGUAUGUACAACUAAAAUAAAGAAGAAGAAAAAGCUUUUUUCUCAACAAAUCCACUGG